GAGGCUACUAUGAGAUGAGGUAGAUGUAGCAAGCUAGAGAAAAACAAUUCAUCUUGGAUCAGCUGAAUCGCAGUCAUCCGAUGUCGCAGUAAGAUCCAAGAAGAUUACCUGUAUCUAUAUUCUUCUCUGCUGUAAGCAUCCAGCUAAUAGCAACAAAUUGGGCAUCGGGCAAAGCUUUGGAACUAAAGGGGAAAAAAAAACAACCAAAAGGAACCUCUUCACAACUCCAAUUCUUUGCGGAGAAGCUUCGACAAAAAAAAAAAAAAAGGACACAAUGUCUUCGCUCAUCUUCUAUCCCACCUCGCCCAAGGAGGCGCUGGUCAAGGAGUUUGUGGGCAAGUCAAUCGCCGACGUGCCCACGCCGGCGGCGGUGAUGAACGUUGCGGCGGCGAGGCGCAAUUGCGAGCGGAUGCUGGAGGCUGCGAAGAAGCUUGAUUUGGGGUGGAGGGCGCAUGUGAAGACGCACAAGACUGUUGAGCUUACGAGGCUUCAAGUUGGAGAGGAUCCGUCGAGGCCGGCGAAUUUGAUUGUUUCGACGUUGUCGGAGGCGGAGUUUGUUUUGCCUCUGUUGGAGGAGUAUAAGAAGAAGGGGAGGCGGGUAAACUUUGUCUACGGCCUACCUAUUUCCAAAGGGGCAGUGCCUCGGUUGGCAGAAGUCGUCAAAGUUCUCGGCGAGGGCAGUAUAUCUAUUCUCCUGGAUGACCCUGCACAGCUGGCCGCUGCUGCGGAGCUGAAGAAGCAGUCUGGCGUUGCGCCGCUGGCUCACAUCAAGAUUGAUAUGGGAGGACGCCGGGCGGGCGUUGUCGAGAGCAGCGAGCGGUUUGUGGAGGUUGCCAAUGCGGCGCUGGAGGCACACAAGGCCGGAUCGUUGAUUCUGUCUGGGCUGUAUUCACAUGCUGGGCACUCUUACGGAGGAGACAGCCGUGUGGCGGCCAUCAAGAUGCUGUAUGCGGAGAUUGAUGCCAUGCUGCGAGGCGCAGACCGGCUCUCCCAGAAGGCAAAGGAGCUGGGGGUCCAGAUCCCGACGCUGGUGGUGUCUGCGGGAGCUUCUCCUACGGCGCUGUCCGUGCAGAAUCUCCUUGGUGGACAGGACGAGGCUCGGGAUAGCGAGACGGGCACGCCGGAGCUGAAAGCCGCAGUGACUGAACUCUCAGAGCUCUUCAAGACGGUCAAGAGCAAGGGGCACGCAGUCGAGAUCCACGCCGGCGUCUACCCAACCCUCGAUCUGCAGCAGCUCGCCGCACACAGCCUCAGCUCGUCGACGCUGUCAUGGCGCGACAUCGCCCUCACCGUCGUGGCCGAAGUGCACAGCGUCUAUCCCGGGCGCGGCGAGAACGGCACCGACGAGGCCCUCAUCGGCGCGGGCGGCCUGGCGCUGGGCCGCGAGUUCUGCAAGGCCUACGACGGCAUGGCGAUGGUGACGCCGUGGGGGCGCCAGGGCGUGGAGAUGCCGGCCUGCGAUGUGGAAGACCACGAGGGCUGGACCGUGGGCAGGUUCUCGCAGGAGCACGGCAUCUUGACAUGGGCGGCCGGCAAGGGACGACGCGAGAAGACGAAGGAGGGAGCGCUGGGGAAGCCAACGGAUGCGGUGGAGGCGGGACAGAAGGUGAGGCUGUGGCCGAAUCAUGCGUGUAUCACGAGCAGCCAUUUUGGGUGGUAUUUUGUGGUGGAUGAAGACAGAGCAGGUCAUGAGGACGAGAUUGUGGAUGUUUGGAUCAAGGCCAGGGGGUGGUAAGACGGAUUUUUGGGUAGCAUAGCAUGGCUGAGACACGGUUUGAUAUGGAUUCCGGAGUAGGUACUGUAUUGCAUACUAUGUAACUAUAUGCGGAAUGGAUUUGGAUUCAAAAGUUUG